CCCUGAUGCAUUUCCAGAAAUCGAGCCUACAGAUGGCAUGUCGCCCGCCCUUCAGCCAUAUGCUGCUUCUAUGGCUAAGCCUUUGUCAACCUUUUUCAGCACAUGAGAGCUUUCAGCUGCAUGCUCCAACCUUGUCCACAUCGCAGCGUCUCGCGGCGCCGCGCCUCGCAGUCUCGCGGCAACGGAUGUGGCCGCGCUUCGUGCAGAAGACCCUGGAGGUGGCCGAGCGACCCGCGAACAGGACCUUCAGCAUCCAGCCGCACAAUGCGACCGCCUUCAGCCUUUUUCCCAGCCCAAUGGGUCCAGGGCACUUGGAGUGGCAAGCCCUCCUUCGGAGUGAGUCUCCACCAUCGCCCUUCUACUUGCCGAUGAGCCACAAAAACCAGUGUCAGACCAAGGUCUCCGGCUCCGUCUUUGUGUAUCGAGGAUUCACGCCCGAGAAGUUCCAGUAUGGCCACUUGCUGGGAGACGUGUUGCCGAUGGUCGCCUGGAUCUUCCACCAGUACCCCAACAUCACCAUCGCCGUGCAAAGCGAAACGACGAAUUCUUUGGUGAAGCAAUUCAUGGAGUGGUUUGAUGCCGACGGCCUGGUGAAGCGCUUGCUCUUCGUUCCAGUGGACCAUGUGGUUUGUGCUGAUCAGCUACUUCUACUGGAGCCAGGCCCCGGCAUCACGCGGCCCGAAGACCUCCGCAUCGCCGAACUCACCAUGUUUUUGCACCGCUUCGCCUUCCAGCUUCACUCACAGCUGUCACCCGCCUCGGCACCGGUGGCACCGGUGGCCGUGUACUACCAACGCGGAGAUGACACGAUGCAUACCCGCCUCCUGGUGGCUCAGCAGUCGGAUGCACUGAUCCAGCUUGCACAGCAGCGGCUGCAGGAGCAAAGGCGUUCCGAAGAAGUCGUGCUCUUCAAUGGAUCCUCAAGCGAUGGAAGGGCCAUGAGCUUCGAGGAACAGUACCGCCUCUUCAGUCGAGCCUCCCUGGCAUUUGGUGUUCACGGCGCCGGCUUCGCCAACGUCUUGUGGAUGAGCAGCGGAACGACGGCGAUCGAGCUCAUGUGCUCCAUGGACACGGUGGAGGUGCGGGGCUGCUUCGUGCGCGGCCCUGGCAGGCGGAAGAAGCCUCGGCCCAUGACCUGGUGGCGCUACUUCGGUGGUGCUCCCUGGCUGCGCUACUUCGUGGUUUUGCUGAGACGCUACCAGGAUCAUCCUACAGGCUACGUCUCUGUGGACAUGGAGGGAUUUGAUUUGGCGCUCCAGCAAGCCCUGCAAACACCGCCGGUGGUCUAGCCAUGUCCAAGAAACAACUCUCGCCUGGAGAUGUUUUCAAGAUUUUUCAAGCUGUACAUACAUUGCCCUCUUGGCCGCUCAUGUAGAAGAAGAUCACCAAAG